AUGCCUAUCACCGCUGGUGACGCAGCACCUGGUGCCGCCAUGAAGGCUGAGAUCACCGACUACGCCAAGGCCUUGGAGGUUUUGGAUACCUACACCACCCGUGAUGGCCUUGAUGCGGAUACCCUGCUUGACUCUGACAAGCACGGUGCAUUGACCUACAAUGAUUUCCUGAUCCUGCCCGGUUACAUCGGCUUCCCCGCCUCCGAUGUCUCCCUGGAUACCCCUGUUACUAAGCGUAUCUCCCUGAAGGCCCCCCUUCUGUCCUCUCCCAUGGACACUGUCACCGAGCACAACAUGGCUAUCCACAUGGCUCUGCUCGGUGGCCUGGGUGUCAUUCACCACAACUGCUCCCCCGAGGAUCAGGCGGAGAUGGUCCGCAAGGUUAAGAGAUACGAGAACGGUUUCAUCUUGGAUCCCGUUGUCAUCUCCCCCAAGACCACCGUUGGUGAGGCCAAAGACCUCAAGACCAAGUGGGGCUUCGGUGGCUUCCCUGUCACUGAGAACGGAACGCUCAAGUCCAAGCUCGUUGGAAUGGUUACCUCGCGUGACAUUCAGUUCCACACUGAUCUCGACGAACCCGUGACUGCCAUCAUGGCCACGGAUCUUGUUACUGCCCCGGCCGGCACCACCCUCGCCGAGGCCAACGAGGUCCUCCGUCGGUCCAAGAAGGGAAAGCUCCCCAUUGUCGAUGCCAACGGCAACAUCGUCUCCCUGCUUUCCCGUUCUGAUCUGAUGAAGAACCUCCACUACCCUCUGGCUUCCAAGCUCCCUGACUCCAAGCAGCUGAUCGCCGCCGCUGCCAUUGGUACUCGCGAGGAGGACAAGAAGCGUCUCCAGCUUCUUGUUGAGGCUGGCUUGGACAUUGUUAUUCUGGACUCUAGCCAGGGUAACUCUAUGUACCAGAUCGAGAUGAUCAAGUACAUUAAGAAGAAUAUGCCCGAGAUCGACGUUAUCGGUGGUAACGUUGUUACCCGUGAGCAGGCUGCUGCUUUGAUUGCCGCCGGUGUCGAUGGCCUGAGAAUUGGUAUGGGCAGCGGUAGUGCUUGUAUCACCCAGGAGGUCAUGGCUGUUGGUCGUCCCCAGGCUGCUUCCGUGCGCAGCGUUGCAACCUUCGCCGCUCGCUUCGGUGUUCCCUGUAUCGCCGAUGGUGGUAUCCAGAACGUCGGCCACAUCGUCAAGGGUCUUGCCAUGGGUGCCAGCACUAUCAUGAUGGGCGGUCUCCUUGCCGGUACCACCGAGUCCCCCGGUGAGUACUACGUCAGCAACGAGGGCCAGCUCGUCAAGGCCUACCGUGGCAUGGGCAGUAUCGCCGCCAUGGAGGAUAAGAAGGCCGGUGGUGACGGAAAGGACAGCAAGGCCAGCAACGCUGGUACUGCCCGCUACUUCUCCGAGAAGGACCGUGUCCUCGUUGCCCAGGGUGUCGCUGGCUCCGUUCUUGACCGCGGAUCCGUCACCAAGUUCAUUCCUUACCUCAUUGCCGGUGUCCAGCACUCCCUGCAGGACAUUGGUGUCCAGAGUCUGACCGCUAUGCACGAUGGUGUCAACAACGGCACCGUGCGUUUCGAGAUGCGAAGUGCCAGUGCUAUGACCGAGGGUAACGUCCACGGUCUCCACAGCUACGACAAGAAGCUUUACUCGUAA